AUUUACAUUGAUGUACAGCUAUCACCAAAAGUGGUCAUCAACGACUCGAAUGUUUGCAGGGGAACCUGCCAGCCGUAUUGUAGAUCACUUCCAGAUGAUCCGCUACUCGAAUGUUUCAACCUCACCAGCGAUUCAAGCAUACAAGUGCUCGAGCCACACGCUGAAGCAGUUAAGAGUGCAAUUAGUGGUCAUCACGAUGCUGUUUCUGGAGGCUACUUGCUGAAACUUCCUUUUACAACCAUCUUUGAAAAACUUCAGAUUUUAAGGUUGAUUGCAACAUCAAUGAAGAUCCUUGGACCAAAUACUAUGUUUUAUCUUGUAGCCGUUGUAUCUGACUUUUAUGUUCCAUGGGAGAGCAUGGCAGUACAUAAAAUCCAGUCAGCAUCUGGUCCUCUAGAUAUGCGACUUGCCCAAGUUCCGAAAAUGCUCUUGGUUUUGCGUAAGGAGUGGGCCCCGGCAGCAUUCUGUGUAUCAUUUAAGUUAGAGACAGAUAAAGAGAUUCUUCUAGAAAAGGCGGACACCGCUCUUAAAACGUACAAAAUGCAUGCGGUAGUUGCUAACGAGCUUUCGACCCGUAAAGAGGUGGUCAUAUUGGUCACUGAAAGCGGCAAAGUGCGAGUGUAUCGUGAAAACGACCAACCAGUUGUUGAAUCUCCUCUGAUCAAGCUACUUGUAGAGAAACAAAUGGUGGUUGCGCAAUGUUAACAAAUUAGAAGAUCAAACGAGGUGGCUCAUGUUUGCUAGCCCGUUUUGACCCGAACCCAUUCUGACCGGAACAAAAAUAACCAUUUUUUUAAAUCGGUCCUUUCUGACCCGAACCAUCCUGACCCUAAACCGCGCUUAACCGGCAUGCGCCCGACCCGUUCUGCCCAUUGUGCCAGGUUUAAAUUGCGUCAAUAGUAUUUGUACCUUUGCAUUAGUCGUAGACUUUUAGGGUCAUUUAGGUCAACUAAACUUUCUUAUAGCACCAAAAGAAAGGCCGGCUAACAAUAAAUUAACCAAGACCAUUACAUCCAGAAAAUUCAGCAAACAAAACCAAACAUGUUGCAAUUGUUCUGUUUGUGGAUGUUUCCAAAAUCCUUCAGUUCUAAGAUAAAAAUCGGGCUUAUCGUGCACCAUUUUGUAACAAAACCAUAGUCCUGUAAGGCCGUGCCACAAGCUCCAAGCAAAUGCAAUGCCUCGUUUCUUCGUCCUCAUUACAAAGAAUGCACCGAGAAAAAGGAAGUUGAAUGUUUAUUCUCUGCAGCACAACCGCAGUUGGUAGCCUUUGCAAGAUUCACCCGUAGACCCGAAGAGAGAUAAAAACACCUACGUAGUCUCUUAAGAAUUUGGACAUUUUACAACGAUCAUUCGCACACAAAGACUACAUCAUCGGCGUAUAAGAAUUAAGAAGUGUGAAACGGAUGGGCCAUUACCGGUAAUAUUGAUGACUUUAUAUAAACCAAUUGCACACGUUUCUUUCA